UCUGAAUUGAACGAGCCACCACGACACAGUGAAUAUGUCUACCGCGAUCUGCCACCCAAGGUUGAUCCACCACAGUGUAGCUCAUAUAUGCCUUUUUCUUUUGAUUUGAAUGAUCUGCCACCUAUGUCCGAGCAGAACUUUGUUUAUCAAGACCCGGCACCAUCAACUCAAUAUGGUUAUGAUCAUUACGAACUGCCACAACAAAACGAAUAUUAUUAUCAGCAGCCAAUAAUGGAGGAACCGACACGGUAUACACAUCCACUGAUUCAUGAAAUUCCAUCUUUCUUUCAACCAUAUGUCAUCGGGAUUGAAGAUGUUGAAGGCGAUGGAAAUUGUGGUUUUCGGUCAGUAGCUGUUGCUAUUGGUCGAGAUCAACAUGAUUGGCCAUCGAUUCGUCAUGAAUUAUUGCAGGAAUUGCAUACCAAUAAAAAACACUAUAAAAUUUUUUUUGGUGAUUAUUAUAAGGUUGUGGAACACUCCUUCAAAUUUCAAGGCAUUGGAUUUGCACCGAUUGAGCAUUGGAUAAAAAUGCCCGAAACUGGUCUCGUGAUCGCGAACAAGUACAACUGCAUUUUUUAUUUUUUAACAGAUGCAGGUAGUUACACAUUCUUUCCGCUUUGGACAAGUCCACAAGCUCCAGAACUAAAUCAAUCCAUAGCAAUUGCAUUUGUUCAUGGAAAUCAUUUUGUGAAAGUGGAUUUGCAAAAUGGACAUCCAAUGCCCAAAGUUUCUCCGUAUAAAAGUGUCUGUAUGAAAGAAUGGAGACAAAUGUAUAAGGAUCGUCUACAAUUGUAA